UGAAUGGCGGCUGAUUGUCCAUCAUGACGUCCUUGUAGAGGUCCUUGUGUCCUUCUAAAUACUCCCACUCCUCCAUGGAUGGAAAUAGACAGUGACAUCCUGACACCUUAUAGGAACCUGACACACACAAUGAUACAGUCACCAUCCAGACACAUUCCUUGUCUGUUACUGGAGAAUGUCCCAGAAUUCCUGGCACCGCUCACCUCUCCUGUCAGCAGCUCCAUCAUCUUCUUGGUGACUUCCAGUAUCUUCUCAUCACUAAUCCUCCUCACCUCUCCGGUCAGCAGGUAGAUGAUCUCCAGGGGUGAGGUUUAAUAUCCGCUCAGUUUUUUGACUUUGUUCCUCCUCCAU